GCGCGCUGCGCGGCCGGCGGGGUGUUUGGGGGGCGGGGCGGGGGCAAGUGUGGCUUUUUUGCCUCAUUGUCCCCUAGCGCCUGCCGGUUAGCGCGCAGGCUGCCGGCAUCAUGAAGAUCUGGACUUCAGAGCACGUCUUUGACCACCCAUGGGAAACUGUUACGACAGCUGCAAUGCAGAAAUACCCAAACCCUAUGAACCCAAGCGUGGUUGGAGUUGAUGUGUUGGACAGACAUAUAGAUCCCUCUGGAAAGUUGCACAGCCAUAGACUUCUCAGCACAGAGUGGGGACUGCCUUCCAUUGUGAAAUCUCUUAUUGGUGCUGCAAGAACUAAAACCUACGUGCAAGAACAUUCUGUAGUUGAUCCUGUAGAGAAGACAAUGGAACUUAAAUCUACUAAUAUUUCAUUUACAAAUAUGGUUUCAGUAGAUGAGAGACUUAUAUACAAACCACAUCCUCAGGACCCAGAAAAAACUGUUCUGACUCAAGAAGCCAUAAUCACUGUGAAAGGAGUCAGUCUCAGCAGUUACCUUGAAGGACUAAUGGCGAGUACGAUAUCUUCCAAUGCUAAUAAAGGCCGAGAAGCAAUGGAAUGGGUAAUACAUAAAUUAAAUGCUGAGAUUGAAGAAUUGGCGGCUUCGGCGAGAGGGAGCAGAAGGACACCGAUGGCGGCGGCGGCAUUUGUAGAGAAAUGAGGAUGAAAGUCAGUACCCAACAACCGCCCCUCAGGUCUCUGCAAACUGGCAAUAUAUUUAUUUGUUAUUUAAAAAAUAAAACUAUAUUUUAGGUAGAGUUUUUUUUUUAAUAAGCUGAAGAAAAGCUGUAGGACUUAUGAUCAAAACAAAGAGGGUGCACGGUUUCUAAAUAAAAGGGAUCAUCUGAAAGUAGUAUUGUUUGAAAUGACCAUCUGAUUUUGAGGAUUCCAGUAUUUAUGUGAAAAUUUAACAAUUUUUGAAAAGUACUUGGAAAAUCAUAUUAGCAUAUUAAAAUCUCCUUUAAGGUAGAAUUGUAAAGCUUUUCAUGCAUUGGAACUCUACCUGGCUUUGGACCAACCCCAGAACAAAGCAGAGCCACCUAAAUACAUAGAAUUACCCUGCUGUGUAUGGUAAACUGCAAGAACUUGCACGAGGGAAUGCUCUUUAAAAGGAGAAAUUAUAGUUUGAAAAGACAUAUUAAUUUGUAUAAAAUAACUUGUUCUGCUAUAAACCACUGUUAAAAACCAGUGUUUUGGUAUUUAAAUGACAUUUUUGGAAUGAAAAUUAUCACUAAAAUAACUCCAACAAACAAAAAAGGAUUUUAAUGUAUUAAAGAGUACUGUAUUAAUUUGCCAAAGUUUUGUAACUUAGGAAAGGUAUUACCUUCCUUGGAUUUGUACUUUAUGACUUAGUGUGCUAUACCGUGGGCUGGUGAUGUUCACUGAAAAAAUAAAGUCAUUACCGGAAUUUUGCAGCACUCUAAACUUAAACAGAAGAACAGCUGUUCACAUCUUUUAGCAUUUCACAUUUGCCUAACUUAUAAAUUGCCAUGUGUCAAAAUCAUGGCUCUGUAAUUGCUAAAGCAUGAUAUGUCAGGUUAUUUGAAUAUAAUUACUUUUUG